AUGGAAUCUGAAACAAGUAGACACUCAAUUGAAUCCCAAACUAAACAAACUGACUAUGUGAAUGUGAUUGAGAAUGUACGUCCGAGCUAUGAGGAGCACAUGUCUGAGAGAAACUCUAGCCAGAAAGAAUCAUUCGAAGCUGCUGGAGGCUCUGUUAGGGAUUGGACUGAAGAACCAUCAAAGAUCAACUAUAUAAUUAGACCACACGGAGUUGUUCCAGCAGGAUUUACACCGUCAAUUCAUAGCAUUUUGAGACAUUUAAACAAGUCCUUAGGAAAUGAAUCCGAAACAGACACUGAGACUGAGGCACUCAAGACGGAUGAAGAGUUACUCAGGGAAGAGUUUCCAAAACACGUGACCAAUCUGAUGAACGAAGAGAACUACUGGGGCUGUUUCUACGUAUAUCCUGAUCUGUAUGCGGAUGUAUUCUCACCUGUUGUUAAGAUACGCGAGAUAGAAGAUGUACCGGAGUUGACUGGAGGCGUGCUGACCAGAGACAUGGUCACAGCUUGUCUGACGUACCUCCACCGCACUCCUAUCUUGGGAGACCUAGUCUUUAUCAAAUUAGAUCUUUCAUCGAAGCAUCUAAUGAAGAUUGAUGUUCUACAGCACUAUAAAUUUUUAGUAUAUUUGAACUUAUCAUCAAACUUGCUGACAGAAUUGACAGUAUUGUCUUAUCUCCCGUACCUGCAGUUCUUGUCAGUGGAUUUCAAUAGACUUGCAACGGUUUUGGAAUAUACCACACCUCAAUGGUUCCUAACCGAAGUGCACUACAAAUACAAUUCGAUAAAACGAAUUAGAGAUUUGUCCGCAUUCUGGUCGAUAACUGUACUUGACUUGUCGCAUAAUAAUAUCAAGGCUAUAACGGGACUGGAGAGCUUAAUAUACCUUCGACGAUUGGACUUAUCAUUCAACCACAUUCAACGUCUCGAGAACUUGAACCACCUGCGUCUGCUCUGGCUGGAUGUAUCUUACAAUAAUAUAUCUAGUUGCGAGUUUGGACCCAACAGUGGAAUCUGGACCUUAUUGCAUCUAGAAUAUCUGAACCUGAAUGAAAACAAUUUGACAUCAAUGAAAAUGUUUUCGUAUUGUACUAGACUUCGAGAGCUUCAUCUGCGCAACAACCGAUUUAGCAUUUUGCUCGAACUUGCAGUGUAUAUGAGUCAGAUGCGACGACUGCUCGUACUCGAUCUUAGAGCAAACCCUAUUUGCUCGAUACCUUGUUAUAAAAGUGUUGUAAUCAAUACAUUUUCCAUGCUACUCAGCUUAGACGCUGCGGAACUCGAUCCCGUCGAACAGCGCACUCUGAUGAUGGGUUAUAAUCCCGACAUUACCAUGCACACCACUCGAAAGUUACUGCGACUGCUUUACAUCCAACAACUUUCGAAGGCUCGCAUCUCACCUUACAUUCCCCCGGCGGAUACACAAGAUGUACCCAUCGUCGUAAUAGUUGGACACGAGGGGGUCGGCAAAGGCAAUCUAUCUCGUCGUUUGGCAAAAGAGUGCAGUUCCCACAUACAGCUCGCGCUUCGUCACACGACCGCCUCCUUCCACUUCGUAGACCACUACAUAGAAAUCACUAGAAGCAAGUUUGAUGACAUGCUACUGGCUGGCGACUUCCUCACUUAUACUGAAAUGGACGGGGAGUCAUAUGGAUUAAGUCGAGAGGAAGCUUUCGUAACAGAGGGAAAAGUGAAGAUUGUGUGUUUGGAUUUACCCGCAGCUUUGAUGCUGAAAUUACGUGGAUACAGGCCAUAUUUGAUCCUUGCGACGUACAUGGAUCGGAAAUCCUUAUCAACUAUACAAGAGCGACGGAAAACGUAAGGAAAUUGUAGUACUCGAGAACGCAUGUCUCUCGAGACGCCAAUGGAGCGCUCCACUCUACAAGUUUUGCUAUCGGGUCGGAUUAUAAUCACCGGGAUUAUAAACGAGAUCAUCCUGGGUCUCCCGGAGGAAAAACAGCAGAGUGAAUUUAUGAUAGAAUCAGAAUGCUCCCUGAUGAUGGACAGUGAUGCUCGAGCAAAUAAGGAAUACGCCAAAGGCUACAACAUACUCGCCCUUUUAAAUUCAAGCACUUCAUCUUUAGACGAAGUAAUGAAGCAAACUCAAGAAAAAGGUAGUAUGGAAGAAAGGAGUCUUUACUCCUUGUUCAAAGAGUCACAGGGCACGGCUGAAUACACCAGCGAUGUCAACGGACAGAACCAAGCAUCUUAUCAAGAACGUGUUGCGAAAAGAUCGGAAUGUCGGCCCUCUCGUCAAAGACCAGUGGACAAGUACUCCAAACAAUCGAGCAUCUCCCAUUCUCAUCGUUUAGUUAUACCGGACAGCUCCAAGUCUUCAAACUCGAAAUCUGUGACGUUUACCUCACAGGACGAGCACGGUGAAGUUGACCAAGAUGUCGCUGGACUUAUGGUGGAUCCUGCACCAGAAUCUAAUAACAAAGAAGCGGAGAAACAAAUACGGUCUAUUAGCACACGUAUCCCUUGGCAAACAGCACAGUGGCAGACACGUCGAGAGUCGCAAGUCGGCAUGGAUGAGUCAGAUCUAUGGAUAGCCUUCCUGACAGAAGCCGGAUACUUGCAAGCUAGCGACAUCAAUGCUCAACUAUCGGACACCUACACCCCUCGGUUUUCAAAGACUGAAGACGAUACACUUCUACGCCAAAUAACAGACACGCUAUUGCCAUGUGACACUCCUACGACGGGUUUGACGGACCCCUAUGAACACGUCCAUCGCAAAAACCCAGGAUUGUUCUGGGAUACGGUAGCAAUGGAUGAUCCUGAGCAAGCUUUUAUCAAAGCACGAAGAAUUAUUCGUGAUAUUGUCAACUCUCAAAAAUCACUCAAACCUAUGUUUGACAUUGAUUUUGCCCAUUUCCGUAAACAUCCUACAGUGCAAAAGAAACUAUCGAAAAUUCGUCAGCAAAUAGCGCCCCAGCAACUGUUCUAUUAAUUUGAAUUAUAAUAAAAUAUUACGAAAAAGUGUUUUAUUUUGUUUUAGUACAUUAAGUAAUAAGUAAAUUAUAAGUAUC